ACGAUCAGCACGGUUGAAAUGAACAGAGCUAAAUGUCAAGGAAAGAUUAAAGGGAUAUGAAAGUUAGAAUGUGAAGAAAUAUAUGAUAAGCAUGUGCCACCAUAGAGAACGAACCUCAAUAUAACACCAACGGGAAUGAAAGAGGAGCCAUUUCAAAGCAUGCUCUUCGGCGGAACUACUGUUAGAAGUGCUACCAACGACAAUGUCUCUGAAAUAGUUGCUAGAUCUGGUCACAGAAGUUUAAAACAGUUAGUUUUUAUUUUUUGCGGCUAGUAGAUUGGUAUGGCAUCCUUGUUAGAUGACACUAUUGGUGGUGUAGUACUACGGCCUCCUUGUGUAAGCUCACAAACAUUUGGAAAGUUAGUGAACAACAUUCAUACUGAUUUCGUCAUCAUUAAUUAUAGUAAUCGUGUCCUCAUCAUUGUAACUACUAUAGGAAAGAUUGGGAAUCUGUUUUCAUUACGACAGUCUUCUUCACAAGCAGUUGCAGUCAGCUCUCCCAAUCCCAAAUUCAUUUAUGAAAUUGAGUGUAUUCUAGGUGCAGAAACUGAAGAGAUUAAAUUGGCUGUACGUUCAUUAGCAGAAAAGUUGUGCAUCGGUAAACCAGCAUUAUUGUCCUUAACACUGCCAGUGUUGGAUUAUAAUACUGUCUCCCAGAUUGCUGACGCGAUAGUUGAACAUAAGUGCUGGUAGGCAUAAGGUGUUACCAGUAUGGUGGUGCUGUAUGGUCAGGUGGUCCUUGGACCCCCUGGUAGUGGGAAAACAACUUAUUGCAAAGCUAUGGGUGCUGUACUUAAAGAACUUGGACGAAAAGUGGCUAUCAUUAAUUUAGACCCAGCCAAUGAUUCUUUGCCGUACGAGGCUGCAGUUGACAUUAAUGAGUUGAUCCAAGUCAGUGAAGUGAUGGAAUCCAACAAAAUAGGGCCAAAUGGAGCACUUGUGUUUUGCAUGGAAUUUCUUGAACAAAACUUAGAAUGGCUUAUAUCAAAACUUAAAGCUCUUCCAGGCCACUACUUCAUAUUUGAUUUUCCAGGCCAGGCUGAAUUGUAUUCCCAUCACACAAUGGUUCGGAACAUAUUAUCAAGUUUGGAGAAGUCUGACCUUAGACUGUGUGCAGCUUACCUAGUUGAUUCCCACUAUGCCAAUGAUCCAGGAAAAUACAUAUCAGCCGUCAUGCUUGCUCUAAAUAGUAUGAUGAUGAUGGAAAUGCCAACAGUCAACAUUCUCUCAAAGGUUGAUUCAGUUGAGAAGUAUGGGAAAACUGCUCUGGGGUUAGAGUAUUACACGGAUGUUAUGGAUUUAGAUUAUCUCAUUGAUACAAUGAAUGAUACUCCUGUAUUGCGAAAGUAUGUGAAACUGAAUCGAGCCAUUGCAGAAGUUGUCACUGACUACUCGUUGGUGUCAUUCAUCCCAAUGAGUGUUGAAAGUCAUUCUACAAUUCUUGAUGUUAUGAAGGCAAUAGAUCGCGCUAAUGGGUACGUGUAUGGUAGUGGUGAAGAAGGAAACAUCCAGAGGCUGUUAUCAUGUGCUGUAGGGGCACAAUGGGAACAUGACCGAGUUGGAGUAGCUAGGGAUGAAUUUAUGGAAAGUGAUGAAGAACUGUCCACAGAAGAAGAAAUUAUUGGCUUGAUUGCCCAGCAGAAUCAAGAUAGAUAUUGAGUAAAAUAUAGAUAUUUUUCUCAAGGAUGUGACAUAUUGUGCCUCAUUAGCUCUUCAAGCCAUAUUCUGUACCAAUACAAGUACAUAGUAAGUUUUUCGCUAUAUCAUAAAGAGAUAUAAGUUAGAUCGUUUUCAGAAUUCAUAGCUCAAAGGUUUAUUUUGUAUAUUUGAAGAGGUUGUGCAGUAUAUAUUAAUUUUGUGCCCAAAAGAGCUACUUUUUUUUCAAAAAGAUAAAAGGGACAGCAUGACUUCAGUUUGUUUUCAUCAUUGCUUUUGUUUGGUGGUUUUUGCCUUUGCUUUGAUGAAUUUGUGUACAAAAUUUUUAUGAAAAGAGUGUAUGGUUUGUCUACAGAAUUUUCUAUGAACCUGUAAUAUGUGGGUGAAUACUUACUUUAUAAAAUUAAGAUGACAUUUGAUAGAACCUUUGGCUUUGUGAUAUCAUAUGACUUUUAUUGAAGUAACUUUUAUCAGUUGUCUGUUAUUAAGAGUUUUUUUUUCUUUUUUUUAAAUAACUGAAUUGGUAAAUUUAGUUAGUUUAUUUUUUUUAUUAAAAAAAGUUUUUGUUUAUCCAGUAUUGUAAUGAAGAUGUAGUUUAAUAUAAUUUUCAUUUGGUCAUACUUAUGAUUAUUAAUUUGUAUAUUACAGUGGCUUAUCGAUAUUUUGCUGAGAUUCAGUGAUAUCAAUGAUCUCUCGCUAAUAUUGUAUAUUUAUACUAUGUUAAUUUUAGGCAUUAGACAGCAGGGUCAGAAUUUUCUGUUAGAUUCUACUGACAAUUACAAUAUACCUAUGUAUUGGUUGGAAAUUGUUUGAUAUAUUUAUUCCAUCUGGUUUUUAAUAAAAUUUGAAUUUUGUAUUUAA